GGAAAAAAAUGGAAAUUGAGAAAUUUAUGCAAAAAAGGAGAAGACGAAGGAGGAGUAGCACCGCCGAAGGGUUAAGAGAAGAGCAGCCAGACUCCCCUAAAAAGAGGACAGAAAAUAAAGGCGAUGACGGCGCCAACAUUAACUAUUUUAGAAAGAAGAGGAAGAACAGGUUCCACUCCUUCUCGUUGCUUUUUGUUAAUUCGGCCUCGGCCCUGAAGGAGGCCAUUUUGUGGUAUAUGUUGAUGAUUUUUGUUGGGGGAAGAUGGAGGGGGAUAUGUUCAUAA